GUGUUAUUUUCACGUCAGUGGCUAUAAUUUAUUUUUACGCCAGUAUUUCGAUAUAGCGCCCUCUACAGACUAACUUCUGCCAGUCAUUUUCUCAACAUGGCUAAUGCGUUUUCACGCGUGCUGAAGUUUCCCUGAUUUGUCGCUAUUUCCUAGCUUUUGGAGGCGAGAAUUUUAACUCGUAUUCCGUCAGCGACCAUGAGCAAACGGUUUGAGCUGAGUCCCGCGGCCUUUGAGGCUAUACAGAAUGUGGACAUUGAGCAGAUAGCCCGUAUGGACGAGGGGAGCAUCCGGGCGCUCCUGCCGUGUCUGGUCCGCAUGUCCCUGUGUGCCCCGCUGGACGUCAGCCAAGCUUGGGUAGAGGGCAGAAAGCAGAUUCUCCGUGUGCUGUCCGGGCUGGAGGUGGUCAACUCCAUCGUGGCUUUGCUGUCCGUGGACUUCAAUGCCCUGGAGCAGGACGCUCGAAAGGAACUCCAGAUGAGACAUAAACUAGGUGAAACAGAGAAUCUCUUGACCUCCAACAUUCAACAUGGCCUGGCUCUUGAGUUUGAACGCAGCGAUCCAGCCAGCAGGUUGCGUCUGCUCAUCAGUGAACUUCUCUUUGUUUCCAGUCAGAUUAAAGACACCACAGAUUUUGUCAGACGACCCUGUGAGUUGUUCGAGAGCGAGGUCUAUUUGGAAGAAGUGUCGGACGUACUGUGCAUCGCGCAAGCAGAGUUGCCAUCGUUGCUUUCAAUUGACAAGAUGGCAGAAUCACUCUUGCGUGCCCAGUAUGGUCCUAUUCUUCUAUGUAGAUUGGUAGCCAAUGUACCAGACAGCUUUUUCCAAGUUUGCAAAAAUUUGAUUGUGAAUGGUGAGCGGCAAGACGAAGAUAGCUACGGUGGCCGCCGACGGACACAGACUCUGAGGAUGUUAGCAACAAUGAACCCCAGCCAGGCCCUCUCCAUCAGAGCUCUUGCUAUUGACCAGUGCAAGUUACCGGGUUUAGCGGUGGCCCUGUCGUUAGACCAUGACACACCAGACCAAUCAGAGAGCAGAAUGAGUGACGUGGUAGGCUUCAUCAGCGGCCUGCUCCUCGGCAGCAACUCAGGCGUUCGUAACUGGUUUGCCCAGUUUGUCCGUAACGGACAAAAGCACAAGGCUGACGCAAGCACCUCAAUACUCCAAGCUCUACGAAUGCACCUCCUGCAGCAGCUCAAAGCCAUCAUCCCCUCCGAAGAGUUCCACGGGAACCUCCCCGAGCGGCAAGUGGUACAGGCCAGUGCUGUGAUGAGACUGUACUGUGCCCUCAAGGGAAUCGCCGGGCUCAAGUUCAGCGAGGAGGAGUCCAAGCAGCUGUUACGUUUACUGAGCAGUCACCCCCUGCCCACGCCCUCGGGGAUCCACUUCAUCUGUCUGGGGUUGUGCAUGCUGUUUGCUUGUCCAUCCCUCAUCAGCCAAGAGGACGAGAGCGUUGUGAUAGAUUGGAUCAAUUGGCUGGUUCGGGAGGGACCGAUGUUUGAGCGAGAGAGCGGGGUGAGCGCCUCAUUCAGCGAGAUGCUUCUCCUGAUGGCCAGCCAUUUCCAUGGCAACCAGGUGCACGCCAUCAUCGACCUGGUCUGCUCUACGCUGGGCAUGAAGAUUCCAAUCAGGCCCAACUCCUUGGCUCGACUGCGACUGAUGUUCAUGCAGGAAGUGUUCACUGAACAGGUUGUUACUGCUCAUGCUGUUACAGUAGCUGUGACCCCUGACCUCAGCGGCUCCAUAUCUGGUUACUUGCCAAUCCACUGUGUCUAUAAUCUACUUCAGAACCGUGCAUUUGCCAAGCACAAAGUCCCAAUCAAGGACUGGAUCUUUAAGCAGAUCUGCCACAGUGCCCCUCCCCUCCAUCCCCUCUGCCCACCCCUCCUGGAGGCCUAUGUAACCUCGGUGGUAGUGCCCACCCAAUCAGGUACUAAGCAGUACCGGAACGAACCACUCACCGAGAGGGAGAUCCUAUCUGUGUACAAGACCUCCAACGUUUCGCUGUUGCGGGCGUCGGUUCUUGCUGAGGAUCCGGGUGUGGCCGGGGAGGGCGGGUCCGGAUUGACGGUUCAGCUGUUGAUGCUGUACUAUUUACUGCUCUAUGAGGACUGUGUGCUCAGCAACAUGAAAACAUUGGUCAUGCACAACGAGCGGCCCCAGUCCUACUCCUCUAAGCUCACCUCCCAAAUCCCCAUCAAGUAUCUCCUCCAUGAAGCCCAGCGGCACCAGCCAGACUAUGCCGGGCUCUACCCCUCCCUCCUACGCCUCCUGGCCACCCACUACCCCCACUUGUGCCUGGUGGAGGACUGGCUAGGGGAGGAGUUAAUGGAGGAAGAAGUGGGUGGCAGAGAGAGGAAGAAACGGCAGGGCGGGGCCCCCGCCUCCAAGUGUUCCCCUGCGAGACUUCGGAAUGCCCUGCAGCACGCCCGCGAGGACCCGUCGGAAUCUCUCCUCCUCCUGAGACGCCUCUGUCAGUCAGAACCUCAUCACCUGAUGGAUUUUGCCGAGGUUCUGGUGGACAGCCUCCCUGGCUUGCUGGGUGAAAGGGUGCCUCGACAAGUUGUGACCUUGGCCGUCAAGCUGUGGAGGAUGCUGAACACGGUCAUGCUCAGAAAGUUGCGAGUGAUGACCGUGAAUGCGCUGGUGUGCACAAAGCCAGUGGUACCGUUCACUGAGGAAGACAUCACGCUGGAUCCACUGAUCGUGCUCAGAUGUGAUCUCAGAGUAUUCAGGUGUCCGCCAAUCUUGGAUGUGGUCAUGCAGAUGUUGACCGCCUACCUGGCCGCGUCCAGAGCCUUCCUGGCCACCCAUCUCCAGUCCAGCCCCAGCAUCCUCAGGCGGCCCGAGCAGGGACUGACCCCUCAGCCCACCGACCCGGAGAGGGAGGAGCUGAAGAGCGCCCUCAUUGCCGCGCAGGAGAGCACCGCCGUGCAGCUGCUGUUAGAGAUAUGUCUGCCAUUGGAAAACGAGGAGGAAGUGUCCAGCAAACUGAGUUUACUGUGUGAGGUUCAGUGCCUGGUCUGUUCCCAACUCCAUCAGAUGUUCAUCGCUGACCCCAACCUCGCCAAACUCAUUCACUUCCAAGGCUAUGCCAGCGAGCUGCUCCCAAUCACCGUCGCUGGUAUCCCGUCAAUGCACAUUUGUCUGGACUUCAUACCAGAGCUGCUCAGCCAACCACAGACUGAUAAACAGAUUUUUGCCAUUGAACUGGUGUCCCACCUCUGUCUCCAGUUUGCUCUGCCCAAGUCCUUGAGUGUCGCCAGACUAGCUAUCAAUGUUAUGUCGACACUUCUAACUGUCCUGCCCAGUGAGAGCCUGUGUGAGUUCUUCCUGCCAACGCUGCCCUCUUUGGUCAGAAUAUGCCAGGCUUUUCCUCCAAUGUACGAGGACGUGACCUCUCUAUUGACCCAAAUUGGCCGUAUGUGCAUGUCACGAUUGGCCGCAGUCAACUCACCCAUGCGCGCAGGAACGAACAGUAGUAGCUUUGGACUUUUUACGUCUAAAGGGAGCCAGCAAAGACCAGAGGAUCUCAACCUAAGGAACAGUGACCGUGUCUUGCACAUGGCCGUAGAGAACACGUUCAGGGACAUUGUCAAGUUUGCUGUAGUCAACAAGAAAAUUUUCUGAUGAGAUUUAGAGCUGGAAUGCAGGAAUAUGCAGACUAAAACUUGGAACGACUAAUCAGUGGUUAUCACUUUCAUUUUGAAAAUAAUUUUUAUUUUGCAAGAUUCAGUUUGUCGAGCAACCCGUUUUUGUUCAUUGCAAACUCUUUGGUUUGGAGUUUGUCGUCUCCUGAAGUUAUAACGAUUAUGGAUGUUAUAACGACAAGAUGAAGUUGUAAAAAGUUUUGUAAUAAAUGUUUUUCAAGGGAGGCAUAAAGGAAGGUUUUACAGUAAAAUAGACCACUGUACUGGUUAUACCACACUCGUUACAUCGUGUACUUUCCUAUGGUGCUCAGGGGACCAUGGGCCCCCUGGCCCCGUAGGAAAGUGAACAUGGAGACAUGUGUGGCAUCAUCAGUACAGGGAAGCCUAUUCAAAGGACAACAGAAAUGACAUUACAGUCAGUGUUUAUAAUGUACAUUUGUGUUGAGCGAUCUCUCAGCUCAUUUGUAAUAAAAGAGACAAAAUGAAAACAGGUGUUUUCUUUCAA